AUUAUUUACGCGGGAUUCAUUUUAAUUUUAAACAGGAUUUGUUAAUGAAAAGGUAUCAGCACGGGAACCGGCCAAAAAAUUAUAUGUCUUUGCCUUAUAAGUAGAACUGAAUCAUUCUUUGUAAUAAAAUAAUGGAUUUUAAACCAGUUCUUGCAUUGGAAUACUCGGCGCAGCAUUUUGGUUUUCAUCCGCGUACAUUUCUGGACAACCUGUAUAAUGUUUAUUUUGAAAAUAUAUGUGAAGCCUUGACAAAUUUGAAUGGCAUUUUGUCUGAGGAGUUCAGAGAACUAGUUCCGGCAUACCAGAUCCAGUUUUCCACAGAUGCCUUGCUAGAAGAUUUUGUGAAAAAUCUGGAUAAAUAUUUCGAUCUGUUUGAGAUUUACUUAAAUAAAAAUGUGCUUUCAAUUCCAAAGGAUGUUCUUCUAUCAGUAGAUGAAAUACAAAUGCAAGUUAAUUGUUCAAAACAGGCUGAAGAAAAUUUAGAUACUGAAAUUAAAAAGCUUAGGAGAAAGAUUAUAGAAGAAAAAAAGAAAAAAGCCGUAUUUGAGGCUAAAAUUAAAGAGCAACAUCUUGUUAAAGACUACUUAUAUGACAUUAAUGCAUCUAUUCAAUCUAUACUAAAUUCUCUUCUACCUGAUGAUAACCUUUCAGAAGUGAUGAGAAAUAACAAAAGGAGGUGUGCUGAACUUCUGAAGAAACAUAAGAAAAUCAAGAUUGAGGGUGAACAGAGUAUAAAAAAGUUGAACUUUAACAAUUACAUCAGUAGUGGUAACAUGCCUUUGAAGUCUCAUAGCCUCAAGGAAGGAAAGCAAAAAUGAAAAAAGCUUUGAAAAAUACCUGGAAAUCGACUUACAUAAACCUAAAGCAAGAUUGUUUUUUAAAAAGUUUCACCCAUUUUUUCCCCAUCACAACUCAUAUUUACCUCC